AUGUCUGAUGAACUCUGGCGAUGUCUCGACUGGAGAUUCACAGCCAGAAUCGCGGGGAAGCGGGGCGGCAGCGGGAGACGCGACUGGCGACCCGGACCGGCGCACUUUAAGCUUGGCUGCGGAGGAUGGAUGUGGCUGAGGUGGAAUGGCGGGCAACUGGUGGCUGGCAGCGGGAGACGGACGAUCGGCGACGGGCGGGGUGGAUGCCGGAGGUCGAAAGCUCUGUACCACAUAGUUAUCCAAGGACUGUUUCUGUUGCAACAAAUGGAAUUUAUUGAUGCACAAAUAGACACAACCCUGACGGGGGGCACCAAGUAUUGGAUACCCCAAUGUGAUGACGCAAUUCGACCUCACAUUGGACAACGAUUUAAGGGGUUAAGCGAAGCAAAUGAUUUCUACCGGAUCUACGCUUCUACGGUUGGUUUUGACGUUAGACAAAGCACCCUGGUGAAAUCAAGAGAUAAUACGACAGUGCUUUGGAAAUACUUGGUGUGCUCACGUGAAGGUUACAGAAUCACUCAAACACAGGCCAACUGGUGCUAA